UUUGCCUAUUUGCCUCUAUUUUGUAAAUGCUCCCCGGUCAACUUUGUCCCUUGGUUCUCCAGAACCAGCGCUCCACAGUCCCUGGAAUCCCCAGGAACCCUUAGCGUGCGCCGGAGGAGCCCUAAGGAGACUGGACCCGAGGUCAGCGGCGGACGCGUUACUAUGGAUACCCGGGGGGCGGGGGGAGGCCUGGGCACAUCCUCGUGACGUCACUAGGGAGCCGACCCGGGCCGUGGGCGGGACACAACGCCCCAGCGCUCCGCCUCCAGAGCCGGGGGCGGGCGGCUAGACGGUUCUCUCCAAUCACAGCUUCUGAAAGAGGAGCGCUGGCAAGUGUUCUCCAAUCAAAGUUUGCAACGAAAUUGAUGCGUCCGUCCGCCAAUCAACGCCGAGGCGCGAGGGGGUUGUCGGGAGCCAAUAUGGAGUCCUCAGUGGGAUCGGGGUGAAAUUGCGGUCCGGCUGCAACUGUUGUCCCGCCCCAUCAUGUUGGUGCACUUAUUUCGGGUGGGGAUUCGGGGAGGCCAUGUCCCAGGCAGGCCGCUACUACCCCACCGCUUCCAGACAUUCUCGGCCGUCAGGAGCACCGACAGCCCUGGCUCCUGCCUGCUCCGGGCUGUGGCCCAGCUGCGGUUCCAGCUCCGGGCCCGCCUGCCUCAGGCGUCCUCACGGCCCCGCAGAAGCCCCACUGCCUGGCGCUGGGCUGGGGGCGUCCUCCUCGGCCCAGGGGCGCUGAGUCUGUGCCCCCGCCUCUACCUGGUGGCACUGUGUGAGCCUGAAGAGGCCCUUCCUGCGCGCCCGCAGCCCUGUGCUCUGGAGGCCCGCUUCAACUGGAAGCUCUUCUGGCAGUUUCUGCAGCCCCACCUGCUGAUCCUGGGGGCAGCCAUCGUGAUGGCCCUGGGUGCGGCGCUGGUGAACGUGCAGAUCCCCCUGCUCCUGGGCCAGCUGGUGGAGAUCGUGGCCAAGUACACGCGGCAGCGCGUGGGCAGCUUCCUGACCGAGUCCCGGAACAUCAGCAGCCACCUGCUGCUCCUGUACGGCCUCCAGGGGCUGCUGACCUUCGGCUACCUGGUGCUGCUGUCCCGCGUCGGCGAGCGCAUGGCCGUGGACAUGCGGAGGAACCUCUUCAGCAACCUGCUCCGCCAAGACAUCGCUUUCUUUGAUGCAACGAAGACGGGGCAGCUGGUGAGCCGCCUGACCGCUGACGUGCAGGAGUUCAAGUCCUCCUUCAAGCUCGUCAUCUCCCAGGUCAGUGCUCACGCUCCAUCUGGCGAGGCUGCGGCCAGGAGUGGGAAGCGCCGGGAGAGCUGCCCAGGGGCCAGGUCAGACCGGCCGUCUGCUCUCCUGACAUCCUGCCCCCUCGCAGGCCCCCCCACCCCCAGGCCCCAGACAGGAGCGCUCCCAGCCCUGCGUGCCAGGCCCCGAGCCACUCCCCCUGCCUUGGCCCGGGAGGCCGGGCACGCUGACAGCCCCCACGCCGUCGCUGGGCCGCCGGGCGACCCAGACCUGUCGCCGUCUAUGGCCAACCUCUCCGUCCUGUUUGGCCAGGUGGUGCGGGGCCUGAGCGCCGGCGCCCGAGUCUUCGAGUACAUGACGCUGUGUCCGGGCAUCCCGCUGUCCGGGGGCUGCCGCGUGCCCAAGGAGCACCUGCGUGGCUCUGUCGCUUUCCAGAACGUUUCCUUCAGCUACCCCUGCCGCCCUGGCUUCCCGGUGCUCAGAGACUUCACCCUUACGCUGCCCCCUGGCAAGAUGGUCGCCCUGGUGGGCCAGUCCGGGGGAGGCAAGACCACCGUGGCAUCCCUGCUGGAGCGCUUCUACGACCCCACAGCCGGCGCUGUGCGGCUGGACGGGCAGGACCUGCGCACCCUCGACCCCUCCUGGCUCCGGGGCCAGGUCAUCGGCUUCAUCAGUCAGGAGCCUGUCCUGUUCGCAACGACCAUCAUGGAGAACAUCCGUUUUGGGAAGCCGGAUGCCUCCGACGAAGAGGUGUAUGCGGCUGCCCGAGAAGCCAACGCCCACCAGUUCAUCUGCAGCUUCCCUGAGGGCUACAACACCGUGGUGGGAGAGCGGGGCACAACCCUGUCUGGUGGCCAGAAGCAGCGCUUGGCCAUCGCCCGCGCCCUCAUCAAGCAGCCCGUGGUGCUGAUCCUGGACGAGGCCACCAGUGCGCUGGACUCGGAGUCUGAGCGGGUGGUGCAGGAGGCCCUGGACCGCGCCAGUGCCGGCCGCACCGUGCUGGUCAUCGCUCACCGCCUCAGCACCGUCCGGGGGGCCCACCACAUCGUGGUCAUGGCCGACGGCCGCAUCUGCGAGAUGGGCACCCACGAAGAGCUCCUGAGGAAGGGCGGGCUCUACGCGGACCUCAUCCAGAGGCAGGCCCUGGACGCCCCCGCCCCCGGCAGGCCCGGCGGCCCGCGCAGCCGCCACCCCAAGUCCUGAGACGCCCGCCGAGGGCCGGUCACCGCCAAGCCUUGGGGCCAGGACCGCGGGAGGCGCUGCCGGAGACCCAGCGACCGAAGGCCGCGGCGCUGCUCCCUGACCACAGUGAGCCGGCUGGUGGCGUCCCGCCCUCCCGGCACCGGCGCCGGCCGCAGCCUGCUGCCAGAGCACUGGCCAGGUCGCAUGGCGGACCCUGGCCUCCGGCCCUCUGCUCUGUCCUGUCCGGUUGCCCAGCCCCUCCCCCUCCCCUCUGCCGACCCGCCUCAGGCGGCAUGGCGCCAGGGGCCCGGGGCAGACCUGGGCUGGGUGAGGAUUCAGAUAAGGCUCUUAGACCUCAGCACCCGCCCCCGCCCCGCCCCGCCCCGUGAGGAGGAGCCGCGGUCCCCACCAGCAGCCCUUACUCCAGAUGACUGGCCCCCCUCACCCAAGUGGCCGGUCUGGUCAGUUGCCAGGCAGGUACCUGGAGGCCAUUCCCUAGAUGCUGCCCCCCCCCAUGCACGGGCCAGCCCCUGGGGAGCACACAGCCCUGAAGGCAGGACGCGAGCCCUGGGGCUGUGGGCCACAGUCACCAGACCAAAGGGCCUGAUGGCAGCCUCGGGCUGACACACCAGCCAGGUCAGCCCCAGAGUGGGACGGCAGCCCCAGCCGGAGUUGAGGUGGUCGGCCUGGGGCUCCCGUCUUUGAAUGAGGCAUGGGCUUCUGGAGGUUCCAGAAGGGUUCAGCUGAAGGGCCCUUGGGUCAAACUGGCCUUUGAGGCCACCAGGCUCUCUGGGGGCUGGGCUCUGCCCCUGCUGUGGCCUGCAGCUGCCUCCAGGCUGAGAAUUCCAGCAGCCCUGCUCGCCCUGGGGGAGGGGCGGCCUGCAGGCUUCUGGAACCUGCCUGUGGCCCCAGGGCAGUGCCGAGGAGCUGCCUCAGCUGGGCCUGGAAGCCAGCCUGGGGGAGGUGGCAGUGGACCCAUGUGGCUAAGGAGCCAGGCUGAGGGUCCCCAAGGCUCUUCCAUUGCUGCUUUGGAGACAGCACCCGUCUUUACCCAGGUUGAAGACCCGACUUCCUGACUGGGCAGCCGUCCAGGAAGCAGAGGCCUGGCUGGCUCCACUGCUCUGCCACUCAACACCUCCCCACAGGGGCAGCCUCGGCGUCCAAGCAGCCGCCUGAGCCGCCCUGGGCGUGUGGUGGCCGGGGAGCAGCAGCCCAGCCAGGCAGCAUCUGGCCUCCGGCCCGGCCGCUGGACACCUUGACACCACAUGCCAGCUCUUACCUCACUGGGGCAGCGGCGUCCAGGCCGCGCACUCCCCGGACCUUCCCUCACGCUCGGCGCCGGCCGGCAGCCUGGCCGCACUCCAUCGCGGAGCUUCUCUGAAGACUAACGGGAAAACCUGUGGUCAACUGAAAACUGCUGGGCCGCAGCUCAAGGUGGUCGGGGCGGCAGUAGCCCUUUGGCCACUGGCCGCCUUCUGUCCUCUGCCGCGGUGCCAAGGACCGCCGGCCCCGUCUCAGAACAGACGGGAGGGGACGGGAGCCGGCCCACCUUGCCUCUGCCUCCGGGCGCCUGCGGCCAGCGCCCUCGCGCGCUUUGUAGCAGGAGAUGGAAUAGAAGUGGUUUCUGUCA